UCAUCCUGAACCCCUUUCCCUCAGUUCCUAAAUUCCUUGUUUUUGGGGGAGAAAACAUGUUUGCAGCAGAGGCAGCUCUAUCUGCAUUCCUUGAGGCUGUGUUUACCAAAUUUCUCUCCCCACAGCUGUGGAGUUAUGCCCGCUUCCUUGAGGUUGAUUCAACUUUUGAGGAGUGGAGGAAAACUCUGUUGGGCAUUGAAGCAGUUCUAAAUGAUGCUGAGGAGAAGCAUAUAAGGGAGAAAGGAGUGAAAGUUUGGUUGGAUGAUCUCAAGGCUUUGGCCUACGACAUGGAAGAUGUACUGGACGAGUUUGAUACUGAAGCUAAGCAACCAAAGCCUAUGGGUGGACCUCAAAUCACCAUGACUAAGGUACAAAAGCUCAUCCCAACUUGUUGUUCUAGUUCUGGUUCUGGCGCUCUCAUACUUAAUGAAAACAUGAAUAGAACUAUCAAGAGAAUUACAAAGGAGUUAGAGGCUAUUGCAAAACGAAAAUUUGACCUCCCUUUGAGGGAAGAUGUUAGAGGGCUCUCAAAUGCCACUGAGAGGAAGUUACAGACCACUUCUUCAGUGGACGGGUCUGGAAUUUAUGGUAGGGAUUCUGACAAGGGGAAGAUUAUUGAAUUAUUGCUUUCAGAUGAAACAACUAGGGAUAGUAAAAUUUCUGUGAUUCCCAUUGUUGGUAUGGGUGGGAUUGGUAAGACAACCUUGGCUCAGAUGAUUUAUAAUGAUGAGAGGGUGAAGAACCAUUUUGAGAUGGGGAUUUGGGCUUGUGUCUCGGAUCAAUUUGAUGUCACAAGAAUAACCAAGGCAGUUCUAGAAUCGGUGACUAAAACUUCUUAUGACAUCAAGAACUUGGAAUUGUUACAAGAUAGUUUGAAGAAUGAAUUGAAGGGGAAAAAGUUUUUUCUGGUUUUAGACGACGUGUGGAAUGAAAAUUACCAUAACUGGGAUGUCUUACAAGUACCUUUCAAGGUUGGAGCUCAAGGCAGUGCCAUCAUUGUAACCACCCGUAAUGAGGAAGUCGCAUAUCUCAUGUCCACCCUUCCUUCUCAUCACCUUGGUGAGCUAUCUUCAGAAGAAUGUUGGUUACUGUUCGCACAACAUGCGUUUGCAAACAUAAAUUCAGACGUGCGCAGAAGCCUGGAACCAAUUGGGAGGAAGAUAGCGAGGAAAUGCAAAGGAUUGCCCUUGGCAGCGAAGACAUUGGGAGGUCUAUUGAGAAGAGUGGAAUUCUUCCAUCUUUAAGACUAAGCUAUCAUUAUCUUCCCACACAAUUGAAGCGAUGUUUUGCAUAUUGUUCCAUAUUUCCCAAGGAUUAUGAAUAUG